AUGGUUCGCUUCUUACAUCUCACCCUUCUGGCCGCGUUACCGCUGUCUUCUCUAGCCUUUCCCUCCGCACACUCGCAAACAAAGCGCAACAUCAAGAAGGAACUGACUGCGGAUGACUCGGCAGACGAUUCGAGACUGGAGUUCCAAGUCAUCAGCGGAGACAACAAGGUAGAACUUGUCUCGCACAAACAAGUCGACGACGCCACCAAUGACUUGGACGACGGCGUGUUGGAGAGUCUAUUCUCCUCCUUCUCGAGUCCCUCAUCCCAACGGUCACCGUCCCAGGAUGACACCAACGGAGGAGCUCCCCCACGCAGCAACCACACGUCGACGUCCCCAGCGGAGAAACGGGCGGGGAUGCCCCAAGUCAUCGUGCCUGACAGUUAUCCCGCGUCAGCCGUCGGGAAGGUCUUCACGCGAAUCGGCCGGUCAACCGGCCACUGCAGCGGAGCGCUCAUAGGACCAAGAUACGUCCUGACCAAGGUCCCGAACAACUUAACGGAUAUCCACGGUGGAUUGAUAUUGACGUGGAUAUCCACGUCAACUCAAUCCACUGAUACCCCUGCAGCCUUAGCAACCAACCUAACGACAAGGCUAUCUGUCAAGGCUUAG